UGGCUAGAUCGACGGCUAGCAGCUUCUCAUGUAUUGUAAAACCCGCUGAAAACCCUCAACUCUCUGAUUUCUACCACAUUUCUCUCAUCUCUCCCUCUCUCUCAACCCUCUCAAUUCUCAUUCUCUCUCGUUCGCACAAUGGAAAGGAAAAUAGGAGCAGACCUCCGCCGCCGUGUUUCCAGGUCCUGACAACCACCAGGCAGAUGAUCUUUUUAAGCACAGCUAAAGAAGAAGGAGAACAUGUCGAGCAACAAUUCCUUGGUGAUUCAUCUUUAUUGGGGAGGAAAAAUUGUGUAUGUUGGAGGAUCAAUGUCAUAUGAUCCGCCUGUGCCGAAAAAAGUUAUGUUCCUCAGAGAAAGAGCAGGUUUUGAUGAACUGGUGGACAGAGCGUACAACAUUACGAAUCUAGACCGGAAUAAGUAUAAGAUUAGUUUGAUAUUUCGGACUUGCCUGCAUUAUGGCGUGUUUGGUGCAAUGCCUUUGAUGGAUGAUAAUGGAGUCGACGGAAUGUACUUUUUGAAAGCUAACAGUGGACAUGCCACCGAGAUCUACAUGGAGGUGGAGGAGCUCUUAAGCUCGGGACGACAUGAUACUCAAACUUUGCAAAUUGCAAAUCCUCGUACUGAUGGAGGCACUAGUGUAUGUGGAAAGGAACCAAUGAAUACAGGCGGGACAGCUAGCUUAUUUAAAAGUCAGUCGACCCAGUUGGAUUCUGGAGAUGCCCAACCGACUCGGAGAGGAUGCAGACGGCGGCACCAAGUUGAGACGGAUCGUCCAAGCGGCAGUCGGCAGGCAGAACGCAUGUCAAUAGUUGAGCCUCGCGAUUUGGAGACUACUGCAGCUACAGUGUUCGAGCCCACGACAAAUACUGACGUUGAAUUUGUAGAUGUGGACGUGGAUUCCGAACCGGAACCAGAUGCCGAUGAUGACCACAACUAUGAUGCAUCUGAGCAGAGAAGUAAGUCAGGCGAAGGUGGUAUCAGCCUCAUACACGUUGAGCCUAGUGCACCAUGUACCAUUGAUGUAACGCCACAAUUGCGGUAUGAAGCCGGUGUUGAUGCUACAUUACGAUUUGAUCCUCUGGAUGUGAGAGGAGGUGUUGAGAAGCUCAAAUUUUGGAACGAGCACGCGAAGGAGCUACAAUUGGGGCACCUAUUUCAUACCAAAGAACAUGUAAAGCGGGCAGUGAAGUUGUGGUCUAUAAAGAAAAAUAGAGAGUAUAAAGUCCGAGAGAGCACGCCAACAACAUGGUAUGUCCGAUGCAAGGCUCGCAACUCCACACCUUCGUGUAACUGGCAGUUGAGAGCAACCUUACGUAGUUCCCAUAAGCUGUGGAUGAUUGUUACUCUUGCAGAUGAACAUACAUGUGUCCGUCCGUGCAACGGCAGUGACCACCGACACUUGAGCGAGGAUAUAAUUGCCGAGUACAUUAUCCCCCACGUCAUCAAUGAUCCAUUUUUCAAAGUUAAGAAAAUCCAAACAAUGGUGAAAAAGGAGCUCCACUGCAAUGUGUCGUACAAGAAAGCUUGGUCUGCUCGGCGCAGGGCUAUGAAUAUUAUAAACGGUGAUUGACCAGCAUCCGUACCGUAGCCGCCAGCCAACGUACGUGCAGGAGUUCCAAUGAUUCAACACAAGCAUGUCAAAGGACAGGGGCUAAGACAGAAAACUCAUUCUCAGGAGGUUUGGGGGGUCUUUACUUCUUAGCAGCGGGGCACCCUGUGUGAUUUUCUAUCCCACAUCGGAAAUGGGGGGGUUGGGUUAGUGUAUAUAAGUCCCCUGGACGUCUUCAAAAGUUGUCGGCUUUUGAAGAUUGUUCAGGGUUUAUAAACAUAAAAGUCUGAGUUUCCUCAGCUUUGGUAAAAAAGACGGGGGCUAAGAGAUUUUUGUUACUCGACAACACCUUGUGAUAAAGGCAAAAGAAGCGUGUGCAUCCUUAAA